AUGACUUCAUUUGCUUCCUUCGAAACUACCAUCGGUCGCACUGGUAACUCUAUGGAAAUGCAGUUGUCGCCUUGCGCAGAAGAAGAUCGUCAAGAGACAUCAUCUCAGCCGUCUCCCGUUUCCGCUGAAACGCCGGUUUCCCUAAAGUACAAUGAGAUCCGACUUCGAUAUCGGCUUUCACUACCUACUCUAAGAUCGCUUUUUACGAUUGAGAAAGCGCCUGACAGACGAAAAGUUCUCGAGACGGCAUGUCUUGCAGCAGAGUUCCGCUGUUUCCCCAUCAGGCCAGAAGAGAAGAAUCUGCUGAGAGAAAUCAACGAUCACACGGGAAUCCCUUAUCCCAUCAUCGGAAAUGCCACUGAGCCGUGGCAAAAAGUAUCGUUGCUCGUUCAGAUCGAUCUGUCGCGAAACGGAUGGCCGAACAAGAUAUCCGCCAAUGCCCGUAAAGAGCUACUGAGAGAAAGCGGCCGAAUCUACAUUGUAUUAGACAGCGUGUUGAGAUGUUUAGCAGACAUCCUUGGAGAGAGAGAAGACGGUCGAGGAGUGACUGUUACUCUUGACGUCCUGAGGAGCGUCAAGGCAAAAGUUUGGGAAGGGACCGAUAUGGAGUUGCUACAAGUAGACGGAAUCGGUGCAGCAAAGAUGAAACGACUUGUCGAUGCAGGUGUCAAGUCUAUCAAGCAUCUCGCUGGAUUGGAGUUUUAUCAUAUUGAACGAUUGCUCAGUAGGAACCCACCCUUUGGGCAUCAGAUGAUCCACCAACUAUCGGGAUUCCCACUGCUGUAUUUGCAUCUUGAUGCAGUUACGACGCGCACCCUACCACAAGACGAUCGUCAAAAUACCACCACAUCGGUACAUCACCCUGCUUGCGUGGUCAGAGUCGUCUUGGGAUUCGCUAAUGAAAUUGUGCCAACGUGGCGUAAACGGUGUCCUUGGACGACUUUGGUGAUUGAAGGAGACGAUGGGCGGCUGUUGUGGUUUUGGAGGGGAAGUGUAAAAAGAAUUGAGAAUAGCAAGAUCAUGUUUGCUCGUCUAGAUGUCAAAAAGGGGGAGACCAUCAAGGCAACUUUUGCCUGUGAAGGAAUCAUAGGAACACUCGUACGAUUGACAAUGACUGUCUAG